AUGGCUAAAGGGUGUGUCGCAUGCCAGAACCAAGGUGGAAAAGUCCUCUAUUGUGGUACAGAUUGUCAAACCAAGGACUUGCCAACUCACAAGGCAAAAUGCAAGCGCGGAAACUAUAUUCUGAAGGUUGAUCUCUGCCCUCGUCAUAUCACAAACCCUCGCAUCAGCCGAACUCUCACGUGUCCUGCCAUAGCGUCUUUCGCCGACCUGCAUGAUGCCCUCCAAGUUGCAUUUGAUUGGAAGAACUGCCAUCUUUACAAUUUCGACAUUCUCGAUCAUAAAGAAAUGAUGGGCUCCGAACAUAGGUUCGUUAUGCAGCCGGUACUGUGCAGGAUUACCAAUCUGGACACGUCGGACAAUGGCGGCUUCAGCACAUACCCAACCGAGGAUAGCAAACACACCAGGCUUCAUCAAAUUAUGGAUGGUGGACUCACCAGUGGUAGGACUAUUCAUUACAUGUAUGAUUUUGAAGAUGGCUCGGAACAUGUCAUCACCUGUGCUGGGCGAGCAGAUGCAACUACCAACUUCGUGGUAUUGGGUGGUGAAGGUCAUGGAUGUGCGGAAGACGUGGGAGGGUAUGGCGGAUGGCCCAACCUAAUUACAGCUUAUGAGUCUGAUGAACCGACGAAGUACCAGAGAUACUUGAUGUAUUGGUUCGAAAACACGGCUCAUAACAAGGAUCCGAGAGGUCUGCGGGGAGUUGCAAAGUACGCGUGGGACAAAGACGAAAUCAGUGCAAUCUUAGAGGCACUCGAUAAUUCCUACCUCCCUGCACAUCCUACUUCAAUACUUCUGGUAUCCUUGGCUAAGGAGUCAUGGUUUGAUCUAAUGUACGCUUCUGUACUUGCCCAACUUCGCUCUAAAGCCACGAUUAGAGAAGUUACAGAAGGUAUAUCGGCAAUGACAUGUAUCGGAGAACCACAGAAUUUUGACGCCAUCACCGUUACGAAUGCGGCAAUCAUGGAAUCCGAGUUUGUUGCUAUCAAUCAAAAGUUGGUUGAAUAUGCAAAAGCCGGUGGAGUUUUGAUAUUCGGAUUUUCGAUGCCAAGCCUUACCGAGCCAUCAAAAUUUGAGAAAUUGAUGGAAAGCUAUGGCAUAGAUUGGAAGUUUGGUUAUUGUACUGGGGAGACCUAUAACAUCAAUAGAAUGGCCGAUCUUAACGAGAAGUACAGUUUGAUGCCCUACAACAUGAACGCUCUCUGUUUGAAGAACAUUAGGCCUGAAGAGAGAGUCUAUUCUGGCUCUCACCACGCUAAAAAUCAAAGUCCCGCAAUUUUCGCAAAGUAUGGAAGAAGCGGGGGUCGAAUUGGUUGGUUUAGCGAUGUUAGUGGAGAGAGGAAACGACAACACUGCUUCUAG